GCUCGAUUCAAACGCUCGACCGACGCUCUACCGAAACGAUCCUUCCUCCUGUGUUUCGAAUCCCGUAUACAUCGCGAGCACACGUGUGUCAUACGACUUGACGGACUUUUUAAUACGAGCGAAAUACAAGUGGGAUAAAUCGGAGCUCGAUUCGCAAGGGUGUCGAUUUAUGUACGAUUUAUCUACAUCUAAAGUGUCGCAGAAGAUUAAAUAAUCAACUUUCGACCAACGUGAAGGAUUAUAAAGUGGACAGAUAAUACUACAGUGACGAGUUUUACACGUUAGUUCGGAGUCUGUGUGUCAAACGCGUGUUAUACAAAUAAAACGAGUUUGCUAUAUCGACUUUACGUAAGCUUUCGAUCGUUGACGACGAAAAACUCAGUGCAUUAUAUAGUUAUAUACGAAGACAAGUGCGCGAUUGACAUCGGUAUUUUAUACGAGAGUCACCGGUAAAGAAAAGCACGCGUGAUACUAUAUAUAAAAUAAACACAAACCGAUUGGGUGUUAUCGGCAAAAGUUUCAUCGAAGCUCCGACGAAUGGAUGUCAAGGAAAGAAACAGUGUCUCGAGCAGCUCGUGCGGAUAUCAUGCUUCCUCGUGGGCAGCGAUCUCGCUCGUCUGCGUCCUCCUGCUGCAGAUCGGCACCGCGUCGACGAAAGCUGCGGCCGUCGAUCAGGCGGAUCAGGCGGAUUUUUUGCUCGUCAGACCACUGCCCGAUAACGAUCAGUACGAUCGCUUCUUGAGCUGGAACGGACUCUGCGUUAGAGAGCAGAUCUCCGAGUGGGCGGACUACGAGAGCAAGCAGAGCUUGAUACUGCGCGAGAUCUGGCCGCGCAACGAGAGCAGGAAGAUCGUUCUGUUUUACGAGGGCGACGAGCUGACUCAAUGCUACGACAAGCCGAUCGACUUGGCCAAGGAGGCCAAGGAGCCCUGCACGAGGCAGAUCGAACGCGUCAACGUCAGCGCCGAGGAGACGGCCGAGUCGCUGUCCUCGUCGUCCAGCGAGAAAUACGUCAAGUUUUUUCAGGGCAAAGAUCACGCCGAUGCCGUCGUGGCUGACGAGUUUCCCUGGCUCUUUGGCACUUACACCGACAUCAGGCAGAGAUGCAUAGGUCAGAGAGCGUCAGAGUCGAGCAGCGGUCCCGAAGCAAAAUCAUCAUCGUCAACGUCGGUGGCUCUUCGGAAUAAUCACAAUCGCUCGAAGCGCGGAAUACGCGAGCUGGUGAUAGCGCCGGGCACAAAGUGGUGCGGACCGCAUCGAUUGGCCUACAGUUACAAGGACCUCGGCGCGCUCGACGGCUUGGACAGAUGCUGCCGGCGCCACGACCAUUGUCCACGUGCCAUCGCGCCGUUCUCCGAGAGAUACGGACUCUUCAAUUACAUGCCGUUCACUCUGAGCCACUGCGGCUGCGACGAGAGAUUCCGUACCUGCUUGAAGAUGACCGGCACGUCGUCUGCUAAUCUUAUCGGCAAGAUCUUCUUCAACAUGGUGCAGACCAAAUGCUUCGUGCUGAAGCCUUCGAAAACCUGUAUCAAGCGCUCGUGGUGGGGCAAGUGCGAGAAGCACGAGUACAAGAAGCAAGGUUAUCUGCGCGACAACCUGUCGUAUUAGAGAGUUCGUAAAACAAAACAACGACAAUAAAAACAGAGAAAGAGAAAACACGAGUUCCGAAACGAAGUAGGGCUUGUGUCGAUUUGUUAAUUAAUACACAAAUUAAUUGAGUCUGGACGAGGACUAAAACGGAGUGCGAAUGUGGAUAUUGCAUACUUAUUAUCAUAGGCUUGUUUUUCUGUAUAGAUAAAUCAAAAGCUAAAACUUAUUGAAAAAUCUGACUGAUAUCUUCUAUUCAAUUCGACUUUUAUUCGGAUGAAAAAUCUAAAAUCCGUCUACGCGUCAAGUUAUAGAUAGUAGAUUGGAAAGUACGUAUAAAUCUAGUUUUUAGAAAAUUCUCUCCAGUUUUAAGGUAAUCAUAUCUGCACGGUUGAAUCGAUGUAACGAAUUGCGCGAUUGUUUUUACUCUUUCUAAUAUGAUCUUCAGGAGAUGUUUAUUGAUACAUUUUUCAAUACAAAAGGUCAGUUUUCACGAUCAACCUACGUUUUGGAUAUAUACCUAUGCAUCUGCGUGUGGUUGAAAGAAAUAAAAUAGAAAUAAUACGAAAAUUGUGUCAAUUUGUUUGAAUCUAUAAUUAACUCGACAAGUAAUACUGCCGAUAACAAUUAUCUCGGUUACAAUCGUCGAUGUAUCGUGACUGAUUUUUUUAGUCAAGAAUGCAAAAUUAAGAGUAUUAGUAGGAUUUCGAAUGCAUAUUUUGUACGUGUUUGGGUUUUUUUUUCAAUUCAAAAUAUGUAAAUAUUUUGUAAAUUUAUAUGCAUUUAAAAAUUAUAAUAAGCUCCGAAUAUGUAUGUAUAAUUAAGUUGGAUCAGUUUUAGUGCUAUCAAUAAAUUUUAAGUUUCGCACAAAAGUAUCUCAAGCGACGAUUUUCAACGCUUUGAUCAAUCGAAAUUUUAAUCCUCUUGAUCAUUUAUGACUUAUAAUGUCACGAUAAAUGAAUACUAUAUAUAGUAGAGACAAUUUUGGUAAUAAUAUUAAUUAAUUUUAAGAACUAGAUUAAGAUUGAAAGUUUUCUGAUCACUAGUCAUAUUAGAAUAU